UGCCAUGGGCAUGGAGCCCUAUGGAGGGAGGUGGGCUGUGCUGUGAACCCGACCUUGCGGCACAGAGCUCUGGGGACAGAGCCCAGGGGACCUGCCUGGAGGGUGCCAGCAWGGCUGGGAGCUGCUUUGUGUUCAUGGCACCUGGCAAAAAUCAUUGACAGCAUUUUUCACUGGCAACAGGACUGACCUCACCCUCCCAAGGGACCAYUGGGCUCCAAGGAGUCUGGCUCAGCCCAACAAGGAUUGUUAUUUUGCCAACUAAUUCCCCAUGGAUGUAGCUCUGUCCUAACCUUGAGCUUGCACCUCAGGGAGGCGUCACUCCUCACACUUAGGGCAGUUUAAUUAGCAGUGAGCCCUCUGUCCCUGCUUAAACCUUCUGGAACUGGCCAAGAAAUUGCAGGAAAGGCAUGGGAUGACCAGCUGGUCAGAUAACAUGGUUGAGUCUUAUUUUCCCAGCGGUGAUGUAAGGGAAGAGACAAGAUGCUGUGAUUUGGAGCAUCGUGCUUUCUAGAAAAACUUCCCUGGGUGCUGUGGGUACAAAGAGAUGCUCAGAGGGGCAAAACCUGAUCCCAGCCCUGAUGUUUUGGGUUGAGAACUGCAGCACUUACAGCUGAUUCAGGUGAGAUUGGGGCUCAGCCACUUCCCCAGUCACUGCCAUGACACAGUCGAGCGUUUGUAAACAGCCCUGAGGUUCCUCAGCAAGGUGUCAUGGGAGGAAAUAGCUGGAUGCCGGGGAUUGCAGCGUCCUGACCUGCCCCUCACCCUUCUCGGUGACUAACCCAUUCCCAAUUUCCGCUCAGGAAGGCAUGAGUCGUGCUGGGAGGAUGUGAGAGCAGCUGUCCCACUGCUCCUGGCAGGUGCCAUGGGACGAUGAGGCUGCUUUGGGCUUUGUCCUCACCAUGCUACAUCCGUCCAAGGCCCCAUGCCACAGGGAUCCCCCUUGGUCCUGCCAGCCUGAGCUUUAAAUAGGAGUGGAAUGCCCGUCCAGGCUCUGCUUGCUGGAAAAGGCAGAGGGGCUGAGAGUGGGGCUGAGAGUGGCUUUAUCGCAAGGUGUUGAGGCUAGCAGUGGAUGCAAGAAGGGUUAGGGAARGGCUGCCCAUGGCAGGGAUGCCAAGGGCAGGGAAAUGCAGCCAGGUUUUUCUCAGAUGAAGAAUGGUACUGGUGCAAGGUUGGCUUCCGUGAUAGCAGGGGAUACACACCCAGGGCUUUUCCAUCUCAGUGCUGGCCUGUAGGGACUUCACACAAGCCUGAUGCUGUGCCACCAUUGAAUGCCCACUCCAUCCUGUGGACAGUGUGGUGGCCACCACCAGCCCCAGGCAGGUSCCUUUGCUCUCCGCAGCCACAGGCUGAUUCAACCUGGUCCCACACAGGCACCACUUGUUUGCCUCCAGAUGUGAUGUCUAAGACAGAAGUGGGAUCACUUAUUUCCCUGCACUGAUAACCAGUUGUUUGGGGCUAUCUUAAUUAGAGAGCCUUAACCAGGCCCCUCGACCCCACCAGCAGCCCAGAGGGAGCUCAGCAGCUCCCAGGCUGUGGGCAGGCAUCUGAUGAUCGGGUUUGUCCUGAUCAGCUCCAUUCCUGCCCACGUGGCACUGCUUGGGCUGUGUGUGUGGGAGGGAAGUGCCGGGAUGUGAUGUGGCACACAGCUGGCGUGCCAGGGGCACAGCUUGUGUAGAAUCCCCCCACCUCCUUCCUCAUUGCAAAGGGGACUSGCCCAUGGAGCAGAUGUCCAGUCCAGCCAUGACCACCAGUCUCCUUUCAAGAGCAAACACUCCUCUAACUCCUCUCCUGAGAGGACUCCAASGGUAUCCCAGACUCUGCAGACAUCAUUCGGGAGAAAAGGGGUUGCAUGACWCUUUGGCGAUGAACGCGGCCAGAAGUGGCUACCGGGUCUUCUCGGCCAACUCCACCGCAGCCUCCACCGAGCUGGCGAAGAAGAUCACGGAGCGUCUCGGUGCUGAGCUGGGGAAAUCUGUGGUGUACCAGGAAACCAAUGGAGAAACRAGAGUUGAAAUAAAAGAGUCUGUCCGGGGACAGGAUAUCUUCAUCAUACAGACAAUCCCCAGAGAUGUGAAUACUGCUGUCAUGGAGCUGCUGAUCAUGGCCUAUGCACUGAAGACUUCCUGUGCCAGGAACAUUAUUGGGGUCAUCCCCUACUUCCCCUACAGCAAACAGAGCAAAAUGAGGAAGAGGGGCUCCAUAGUCUGCAAGCUGCUGGCUUCAAUGCUUGCCAAGGCAGGUUUAACACACAUUAUCACUAUGGACCUUCAUCAAAAGGAAAUCCAAGGCUUCUUCAGCUUUCCAGUAGACAACCUGAGAGCAUCCCCUUUCUUGCUUCAGUAUAUACAGGAAGAAAUUCCAGACUACAGAAAUGCAGUUAUUGUAGCCAAAUCUCCUGGUGCUGCUAAAAGGGCUCAGUCUUACGCUGAGAGGCUGCGGCUGGGGCUGGCAGUGAUCCACGGAGAGGCUCAGUGCACAGAGCAGGACAUGGAUGAUGGGCGGCACUCCCCUCCGAUGCUCAAAAAUGCAACUGUGCAUCCUGGCCUGGAGCUGCCAUUGAUGAUGGCCAAGGAGAAACCACCAAUAACUGUGGUUGGAGACGUCGGAGGAAGGAUUGCCAUCAUUGUGGAUGACAUCAUUGAUGACGUGGAAAGCUUUGUAGCUGCUGCAGAGAUCCUGAAAGAGCGUGGAGCCUAUAAGAUUUUUGUGAUGGCUACUCAUGGGCUUCUGUCAGCAGAUGCCCCCCGUCUCAUAGAGGAAUCCUCCAUUGAUGAGGUGGUAGUGACCAACACUGUUCCUCACGAGGUGCAGAAGCUGCAGUGCCCCAAGAUAAAGACUGUGGAUAUCAGUUUGAUCCUCUCGGAAGCCAUCCGGCGGAUCCACAAYGGCGAGUCCAUGGCCUAUCUCUUCCGCAACAUCACUGUCGAUGACUAGACCAGAGCCUGCCCCCGUCCUGGAUUCCACAAGAGAAGGAAAUCUGCAUGGAAAGGCAAUAUCAUAAAACAUAGGCAUAACACAACUGUUUAUUUCUGUAGGAGCAUGGAGGUUUUCAGGGUCUUGAGCCAUGAGAUCUAAUAGGGAAGAAAUCAACCUGACCAGCACUUUACAAGUGAGCAGAAGGGGCCACUGGCAAUGGGGAGGAUUACACCUUAAUUAAGAGAGAUGGAGAAAUGAGGUGGUGUUGAAUUUUUAAGUUCCUUUAAUGAUUUUUUUUUUAGUGUGUUAUCUCUUGCCCUGUAGGGGCAGAAAGAAAAGCUAAACAGAAGUAGCUGUCAUCUUGUGAGAAGGGAACAGAGACUGCUCACUGCUGUGUGGGUAGCGAGAGCAGCCUUUGGGGUUGUUUCUGCCUGUGUCUCGCCCCAGAGCAUGGAAGGGAAUGUUCAGACUGUGCUGCUGGCAGAGCUGAGCCAACAGCAGCUCUGUGCCAGCUCCAUGGCCUCUCCUCUCCUGCACAGCAGAGCAGGGACUUUCAUCAGAGYUAAGUUAGCGGAACAUCCCGAAAGGACAGCUUAGGGCAGCCCUUUGGCAGGGCUGCUCCCAUCCCUGGGUCAGGGAGCUGGGAACAGGCUCACGUGUGUGUCCCAGCAGAGCAGGCAAUGCUAGUUAAUGUGUUGGCCUUUUCAUUUUGUGAGCUUUGGGUCAUUAUUGCUCUUCAGUGAUGAGUCACGUGAGGGUCUUGGUCCUCACUGGAUCACUUGUCUGCACUGCAAAACCAGGCACGAUUUUUGGAGUUGCCUGGGGCUGAUGAGUUUGUGGCAGAGUCUCAUGGGGAAGGGGAAGUUGGAACAAUAUCUGCUUCUAAUGCAGCUGUGCUCUCCAAAACACUAACUCUGAACCUGCAAUAAAAAGUGUAAGAUUUUUCA